AUGCGGAGGAAAGUGGCACAGGCGGUGGCAUCAUCUCUGUGGAAAACCCCUGCUACGAUCUCUGAACGUGCGAACACGUACAUCCGCACUUUUGCAGCCGCACCCUACUCUUACACCCCACCAGGCCGGAAUCAUCUUGCUGUCCCAGGUCCAGUCAACAUCCACGAGCAGGUGAUGCGGGCGAUGGACCGCCCCUCGCAGAACCACCGCGACCCCUGGUUCCCCCCCUUCUUCCAGCAGAUCCUGGAGGACACCAAGUACAUCUUCAAGACCACGGAGGGGACCCCCUUCAUAUUCCCAGGGACAGGCACUGGCGGCUGGGAGGUGGCCCUCACCAACACUCUGUCACCGGGUGACAAAGUGGUCACCUUCCGCUACGGCCAGUUCUCCCACCUCUGGAUUGACAUGAUGCAGCGGCUCGGCUUAGAUGUGCAAGUGGUGGAGGUGGAAUGGGGCGGCGGUGCUGACGAGGCCAAGCUGGAGCAGAUCCUGAAGGCCGACACGGACAAAAAGAUCAAGGCCGUGGCUGUGGUGCACAACGAGACCACCACCGGUGUCACCAGUGACAUUGGCCAAGUUCGGCAGGUGAUGGACAGUGUGAGCCAUCCGGCUCUGCUGCUGGUGGAUGGAGUGUCUUCCAUUGGGGCUCUAGACUUCAGGUUUGACGAGUGGAAGGUAGACGCGGCGGUGACAGGCUCCCAGAAGGCCCUGUCCCUGCCCACUGGCCUCGGUUUGGUCGCUGUCAGCCAAAAGGCUCUUGAGGCGCGGAAGACGGCGCAGCUGAAGAGGGUGUAUUAUGAUCUGGAGGACCAGCUGGCGACCAACCCGUCUGGCAACGUUCCCUACACGCCCUCCAUCCCCCUCCUGUACGGCCUCCGAGAGACCCUGGGCCUGAUCAAAGCAGAGGGCAUGGACAAUGUCAUCGCACGCCACCACAGGCUGGCUGAGGGCACGCGGAAGGCUGUGGAGGGCUGGGGCCUGAAGCUGCUGUGCAAGGAGCCCAGGUGGAACAGUGACUCACUCACAGUAAUCAAGACCCCGGAGGGCGUGGACAGCGGGAAGAUAGUGAAGGAGGCGUACUCGCGCUACAACUUGUCUCUGGGCGUGGGCCUGUCGGAGGUGGCUGGCAAGGUCUUCCGCAUCGGCCACCUGGGCAACAACGACGAGGUCAUGGUCGGCUCUUACCUCUUCGGCGCAGAGAUGGCCAUGAUCAGCGCCGGCGUCCCCAUCGAGCCCGGCUCCGGGGUCAGCAAGGCGAUCGAGUACUGGGCAGCCACCAGCAAUGUCAUCCCCACCCGAGGCUGAGCACAGCCUGGGAGCUGCAUUGCAAUAAGUCCUGUGAGCCUGUCUGAUCUGCUAGCAAUGCCACUCUGCAAGUGCUGCUAGAACGGCAGCGCUCGCUGGGAACAUUGCAAACCUAUGUGAGCAGGGCAACGGGUAUUCUUGUACAGCUGCAGAGUUGCGAUGGGAGUUUAGAACCGGUACUGAUGCAUUAAUCUGGCAGGUCUGGCACAAGCACUGGGCGCACUACUGAGAUAAAAGCUGCUGCACUGCAAUCCGUUUUGUCAACACCUUGAGAAGAUAGAGAUCAGGCUGCAACAUAUCUCUUAAUUGGAUCAGCAGAUGGAUUGUGGGACGUUCGAGAGAAAAGACUUCCGCUUCAGUGGAAACUCUCGGAGUUGUUGCACGAGUAGGGCAGAGAGGUCCCUAUUGAGCGGAUCAUAGUGUGAUGCUGCACUUUGAGACCGUACAACUUAAUAGCUUGAUUGAAGCUACAAUGUAAUCAUAAUGUGCUGUAACCAUAUACAUUAU